AGAAUUCUCAUGCUAUUGUACCAGGUAUGACUUUUCCUAAUGAUUCACAUAUUUCUAAUGAAAUUACUUGCAAUUCUGAGGAAAAUAUGUUAAAUGAACCUAAUCAUGAUCGAAAACCUGAUGUGGUUUGGAUAGAUGCUGAUUUUUCUAACGAUCCUACGCUCUGCAAUGACAGUCCUAAUGAAUUUCAUAAGAAUAUUUCAGAAGAAUCAAAUCCUGAUGUCAUAUCAUAUAUUACCUAUCCUCAUAAUGCAUUUGAUCCUUGUGAAAAACCUGCUCAAUGCGAAGCACGAGUACUAAGUGACCUCGAGUUUUAUUACAUUUCGGAUGAUUUCAUAUCAACUGCUGUUUACCCUUAUCACAAAAACAGUUCUAAUGUUUACUCUAAACAAUGUGAGAAAUAUGUUUUAAAUGAAGCCACAUUAUUCAUAACUUGGGGAUAUAAAGAUCCAAAAUUAUUUCGUGGGGGAGGAUAGUGUUGAAAAAUCUAUGGUUCAAAUUCUAGAUAUUAUUGAUUUCAUUACAAAACCGACAUGCUGGUUGUAUACAAUUCCAGGUGAGUCUGUUCCGAUUUCGUUUGUUAAUUCCAAUACUAAUGAGCACUUUCUAGAUACUACAAAGUUUUUAUCUUAUACAAUGUAGGACAGACUCAGGAUGAACUUAACAAGAAGACGUACAACCGAUUACAAACACUUAUACUUCUAUUUAAGCUGUGGCGGAUGUGGUGUUUGAAUUAACUAAUGAUUCUUUUGUACUUGUUGAAUGCUCGAUUUCGAAUUCUAAAUACAAUACAUUCGUUUGUGCCUGUGUCUUCUUAAUUCAAUUGCGUUAAUCCUGGAAUUCCUAGUUCAUACGAGAAUUCGAAUACUAUAUUGGCGUCGCGAUGGAGCCUGCAAUGGAAAAGUUAGAUAUUCAUUCAACUCCUGGAGCUUUUGAGGAUUAUUUGGAAAGGUUCGAAAUCUGGAGCAUGACCAAAGAAGAUGAUGAGGAUGUUAAUAUUGUGGCAUACUUCCUCACAUUCAUUGGGAGAGAAGCGUACAGCUUACUAAAAACUUUGGCAUAUCCAGAAAAAUCUAUCUCACUCCCUUAUGCAACUCUUAAAGAGCUAUUAUUAAGUCAUGUAAAAUGCACCAGUUUUGAAUGCCGUGAAAGGGCGAAGUUUCAUAAGAUGGUUCGUCAAAAUGACCAAAAGGGUCGGGAAUUCAUCCUUGAAUUACAGAAACAAGCUGCCAAGUGUAAUUUCGGUGGUCAACUUUAUGUGCAACUGAGAGAUCGAUUAAUUGCAGGAAUUAACAUACCGAGUUUGGAAAGAGAGCUGUUAAGAAUGCCAAACUGUUCCUUUCAAGAUGCUAGAACUGCAUGUAUUAACUACGGAGCAGUCAAUGAACUUGAUAUCCAGUUGAUGAAGAUUUCUAAUACUUUGCUUAGUGGUCGUGAUGAACUACAAUCUCAGGGUCAAUCAAACUUGCGUUCAUUUAACAGUGAUUCCUAUUCUCGUGUAAAUAUGAAAGGUGUUUCAACAAGGAAUUACAAAGCAAAUCACAAAGGUGAGAUGAAGUUUGGUAAAGGUUUAUCAUGUGGAAAGUUUCAUGCUCGCAAUCCAUGUGUAUUUCGUAAUGCUAAAUGUUUUAAAUGUGGUAAGGUAGGACACAUUCAGUCAGUAUGCAAAGCUACUGUCCAUUUUGCUUCAAGCUGUACUAAAUCUUGUAAUUUAAAUUUAAAUAAUUCGGAUGUUUCUAAUGAUCAUUUAUCUUUAUCAACGAUUUCAAAAGACAGUACAGAGUCAUAUGACAGUUCAGAGUUAGAUGAAAUCCAGAAUUCUUGUGAGACAACAGUUCCUAAUCAACCGAUUUAUCAGAAUUCUCAUGCUAUUGUACCAGGUAUGACUUUUCCUAAUGAUUCACAUAUUUCUAAUGAAAUUACUUGCAAUUCUGAGGAAAAUAUGUUAAAUGAACCUAAUCAUGAUCGAAAACCUGAUGUGGUUUGGAUAGAUGCUGAUUUUUCUAACGAUCCUACGCUCUGCAAUGACAGUCCUAAUGAAUUUCAUAAGAAUAUUUCAGAAGAAUCAAAUCCUGAUGUCAUAUCAUAUAUUACCUAUCCUCAUAAUGCAUUUGAUCCUUGUGAAAAACCUGCUCAAUGCGAAGCACGAGUACUAAGUGACCUCGAGUUUUAUUACAUUUCGGAUGAUUUCAUAUCAACUGCUGUUUACCCUUAUCACAAAAACAGUUCUAAUGUUUACUCUAAACAAUGUGAGAAAUAUGUUUUAAAUGAAGCCACAUUAUUCAUAACUUGGGGAUAUAAAGAUCCAAAAUUAUUUCGUGGGGGAGGAUAGUGUUGAAAAAUCUAUGGUUCAAAUUCUAGAUAUUAUUGAUUUCAUUACAAAACCGACAUGCUGGUUGUAUACAAUUCCAGGUGAGUCUGUUCCGAUUUCGUUUGUUAAUUCCAAUACUAAUGAGCACUUUCUAGAUACUACAAAGUUUUUAUCUUAUACAAUGUAGGACAGACUCAGGAUGAACUUAACAAGAAGACGUACAACCGAUUACAAACACUUAUACUUCUAUUUAAGCUGUGGCGGAUGUGGUGUUUGAAUUAACUAAUGAUUCUUUUGUACUUGUUGAAUGCUCGAUUUCGAAUUCUAAAUACAAUACAUUCGUUUGUGCCUGUGUCUUCUUAAUUCAAUUGCGUUAAUCCUGGAAUUCCUAGUUCAUACGAGAAUUCGAAUACUAUAUUGGCGUCGCGAUGGAGCCUGCAAUGGAAAAGUUAGAUAUUCAUUCAACUCCUGGAGCUUUUGAGGAUUAUUUGGAAAGGUUCGAAAUCUGGAGCAUGACCAAAGAAGAUGAUGAGGAUGUUAAUAUUGUGGCAUACUUCCUCACAUUCAUUGGGAGAGAAGCGUACAGCUUACUAAAAACUUUGGCAUAUCCAGAAAAAUCUAUCUCACUCCCUUAUGCAACUCUUAAAGAGCUAUUAUUAAGUCAUGUAAAAUGCACCAGUUUUGAAUGCCGUGAAAGGGCGAAGUUUCAUAAGAUGGUUCGUCAAAAUGACCAAAAGGGUCGGGAAUUCAUCCUUGAAUUACAGAAACAAGCUGCCAAGUGUAAUUUCGGUGGUCAACUUUAUGUGCAACUGAGAGAUCGAUUAAUUGCAGGAAUUAACAUACCGAGUUUGGAAAGAGAGCUGUUAAGAAUGCCAAACUGUUCCUUUCAAGAUGCUAGAACUGCAUGUAUUAACUACGGAGCAGUCAAUGAACUUGAUAUCCAGUUGAUGAAGAUUUCUAAUACUUUGCUUAGUGGUCGUGAUGAACUACAAUCUCAGGGUCAAUCAAACUUGCGUUCAUUUAACAGUGAUUCCUAUUCUCGUGUAAAUAUGAAAGGUGUUUCAACAAGGAAUUACAAAGCAAAUCACAAAGGUGAGAUGAAGUUUGGUAAAGGUUUAUCAUGUGGAAAGUUUCAUGCUCGCAAUCCAUGUGUAUUUCGUAAUGCUAAAUGUUUUAAAUGUGGUAAGGUAGGACACAUUCAGUCAGUAUGCAAAGCUACUGUCCAUUUUGCUUCAAGCUGUACUAAAUCUUGUAAUUUAAAUUUAAAUAAUUCGGAUGUUUCUAAUGAUCAUUUAUCUUUAUCAACGAUUUCAAAAGACAGUACAGAGUCAUAUGACAGUUCAGAGUUAGAUGAAAUCCAGAAUUCUUGUGAGACAACAGUUCCUAAUCAACCGAUUUAUCAGAAUUCUCAUGCUAUUGUACCAGGUAUGACUUUUCCUAAUGAUUCACAUAUUUCUAAUGAAAUUACUUGCAAUUCUGAGGAAAAUAUGUUAAAUGAACCUAAUCAUGAUCGAAAACCUGAUGUGGUUUGGAUAGAUGCUGAUUUUUCUAACGAUCCUACGCUCUGCAAUGACAGUCCUAAUGAAUUUCAUAAGAAUAUUUCAGAAGAAUCAAAUCCUGAUGUCAUAUCAUAUAUUACCUAUCCUCAUAAUGCAUUUGAUCCUUGUGAAAAACCUGCUCAAUGCGAAGCACGAGUACUAAGUGACCUCGAGUUUUAUUACAUUUCGGAUGAUUUCAUAUCAACUGCUGUUUACCCUUAUCACAAAAACAGUUCUAAUGUUUACUCUAAACAAUGUGAGAAAUAUGUUUUAAAUGAAGCCACAUUAUUCAUAACUUGGGGAUAUAAAGAUCCAAAAUUAUUUCGUGGGGGAGGAUAGUGUUGAAAAAUCUAUGGUUCAAAUUCUAGAUAUUAUUGAUUUCAUUACAAAACCGACAUGCUGGUUGUAUACAAUUCCAGGUGAGUCUGUUCCGAUUUCGUUUGUUAAUUCCAAUACUAAUGAGCACUUUCUAGAUACUACAAAGUUUUUAUCUUAUACAAUGUAGGACAGACUCAGGAUGAACUUAACAAGAAGACGUACAACCGAUUACAAACACUUAUACUUCUAUUUAAGCUGUGGCGGAUGUGGUGUUUGAAUUAACUAAUGAUUCUUUUGUACUUGUUGAAUGCUCGAUUUCGAAUUCUAAAUACAAUACAUUCGUUUGUGCCUGUGUCUUCUUAAUUCAAUUGCGUUAAUCCUGGAAUUCCUAGUUCAUACGAGAAUUCGAAUACUAUAUUGGCGUCGCGAUGGAGCCUGCAAUGGAAAAGUUAGAUAUUCAUUCAACUCCUGGAGCUUUUGAGGAUUAUUUGGAAAGGUUCGAAAUCUGGAGCAUGACCAAAGAAGAUGAUGAGGAUGUUAAUAUUGUGGCAUACUUCCUCACAUUCAUUGGGAGAGAAGCGUACAGCUUACUAAAAACUUUGGCAUAUCCAGAAAAAUCUAUCUCACUCCCUUAUGCAACUCUUAAAGAGCUAUUAUUAAGUCAUGUAAAAUGCACCAGUUUUGAAUGCCGUGAAAGGGCGAAGUUUCAUAAGAUGGUUCGUCAAAAUGACCAAAAGGGUCGGGAAUUCAUCCUUGAAUUACAGAAACAAGCUGCCAAGUGUAAUUUCGGUGGUCAACUUUAUGUGCAACUGAGAGAUCGAUUAAUUGCAGGAAUUAACAUACCGAGUUUGGAAAGAGAGCUGUUAAGAAUGCCAAACUGUUCCUUUCAAGAUGCUAGAACUGCAUGUAUUAACUACGGAGCAGUCAAUGAACUUGAUAUCCAGUUGAUGAAGAUUUCUAAUACUUUGCUUAGUGGUCGUGAUGAACUACAAUCUCAGGGUCAAUCAAACUUGCGUUCAUUUAACAGUGAUUCCUAUUCUCGUGUAAAUAUGAAAGGUGUUUCAACAAGGAAUUACAAAGCAAAUCACAAAGGUGAGAUGAAGUUUGGUAAAGGUUUAUCAUGUGGAAAGUUUCAUGCUCGCAAUCCAUGUGUAUUUCGUAAUGCUAAAUGUUUUAAAUGUGGUAAGGUAGGACACAUUCAGUCAGUAUGCAAAGCUACUGUCCAUUUUGCUUCAAGCUGUACUAAAUCUUGUAAUUUAAAUUUAAAUAAUUCGGAUGUUUCUAAUGAUCAUUUAUCUUUAUCAACGAUUUCAAAAGACAGUACAGAGUCAUAUGACAGUUCAGAGUUAGAUGAAAUCCAGAAUUCUUGUGAGACAACAGUUCCUAAUCAACCGAUUUAUCAGAAUUCUCAUGCUAUUGUACCAGGUAUGACUUUUCCUAAUGAUUCACAUAUUUCUAAUGAAAUUACUUGCAAUUCUGAGGAAAAUAUGUUAAAUGAACCUAAUCAUGAUCGAAAACCUGAUGUGGUUUGGAUAGAUGCUGAUUUUUCUAACGAUCCUACGCUCUGCAAUGACAGUCCUAAUGAAUUUCAUAAGAAUAUUUCAGAAGAAUCAAAUCCUGAUGUCAUAUCAUAUAUUACCUAUCCUCAUAAUGCAUUUGAUCCUUGUGAAAAACCUGCUCAAUGCGAAGCACGAGUACUAAGUGACCUCGAGUUUUAUUACAUUUCGGAUGAUUUCAUAUCAACUGCUGUUUACCCUUAUCACAAAAACAGUUCUAAUGUUUACUCUAAACAAUGUGAGAAAUAUGUUUUAAAUGAAGCCACAUUAUUCAUAACUUGGGGAUAUAAAGAUCCAAAAUUAUUUCGUGGGGAGGAUAGUGUUGAAAAUCUAUGGUUCAAAUUCUAGAUAUUAUUGAUUUCAUUACAAAACCGACAUGCUGGUUGUAUACAAUUCCAGGUGAGUCUGUUCCGAUUUCGUUUGUUAAUUCCAAUACUAAUGAGCACUUUCUAGAUACUACAAAGUUUUUAUCUUAUACAAUGUAGGACAGACUCAGGAUGAACUUAACAAGAAGACGUACAACCGAUUACAAACACUUAUACUUCUAUUUAAGCUGUGGCGGAUGUGGUGUUUGAAUUAACUAAUGAUUCUUUUGUACUUGUUGAAUGCUCGAUUUCGAAUUCUAAAUACAAUACAUUCGUUUGUG